AUGGCGAACGCAACCUUUUCAGACCUACCUGCUCUCCCUUCCUAUACCCUGAGCCCCCGGCCCUCUAUGAUCCCAGGAGUGUCAGAUCCCCUCCUUCAACUGCUCGCUCCUGUCAUUGCCUAUUGGGUCGUCUCAGCCUUCUUCCAUAUCUUGGAUACCUAUGAUCUGUGUUCACAGUAUCGAAUGCACACUCCAGCCGAAGUGCUCAAACGCAAUCACGUCACUAGGUUCGAAGUCUUCAGGGAUGUUAUUAUACAACAAAUAGUCCAGACGGUGUUUGGAUUGAUUAUCGCUUCCUUCGACCCUGUUGAAACCAUUGGUAAAGAGGAGUACGAUAUUGCCGUCUGGGCCCAGCGUCUGCGCAUCUCCGAAAGAUAUAUUCCAACCUUGCUUGGUUUCAUCGGCUUGGAUGCCAUGUCUCUCGGCCGAAAACUACAGCACAACUAUCCUCAGCUCGCGGGUGCUUUAACCGGAGGCAUUUAUUCGACCCCGUCCUUUGCAGAGUGGGAAAUGAGAGUCGCGAAGUCGAUUUAUUGGAUUGGCAUUCCCUUGAUUCAAUUUACUGUCGCCACCCUCAUUGUAGACACAUGGCAAUACUUCCUCCAUCGGGCCAUGCACAUGAACAAAUUUCUUUACACCACCUUCCAUUCUCGGCACCAUCGAUUGUAUGUUCCCUAUGCAUACGGAGCACUGUACAACCACCCCUUGGAAGGCUUCAUGCUCGACACACUUGGAACGGGCGUAGCCUAUUUGACAACUGGAAUGACCAUCCGACAAGGCAUGUGGUUCUUUACUUUCUCUUCAAUCAAGACGGUUGAUGACCAUUGCGGAUAUGCCUUUCCAUGGGAUCCUCUGCAACAUGUCACCUCCAACAAUGCGGCUUAUCACGACGUGCACCAUCAGAGUUGGGGCAUCAAGACCAAUUUCUCGCAACCGUUCUUCACAUUCUGGGACCGCUUUCUUAACACUGCAUGGACUGGUGGGGAUGUGUCAGCCCGCUACGAACGCGACAGGAUUGCAGCCCAAAAGAAAGUGGACGCAGAUGCUGUUGCCGCCUCCGCUUCAGUUGUCAACUCGCCGAAGAUUGAUAUGGAUAAUGCAGAGCAACAAGCCCGCUCGAGUCAGAGGCAGGUCCUUGACGACAAGGCGAAUGGUGGACCUCGAGUGCCCGAGGAAGAAGCAAGGGAAGAGCAAGAGGUCAAACAAGCUUUGCGGCGAAGCAACAGACGCAAGAGUGGCUUCGAUGCUAAGUCAAUAUCGGACCGUGUUGCAGGCAUCCACAGCAGGAGCCCUGCAAUCCUCCAUGCAGACGGGAUGCAUUGA